AUGGCAUUAAUUCUAGACGGAACUGGCUGUUCGGGCAAAACAUCUAUGCUACAAAAGUUCGCUUCAGAGAGAUUCAAGGUCAUUAUUGGGGAUUAUGCAGAGGAUUGCAUUCAAUACGGAUCAUUCAAGAACAAGAAUAAUGAUAAUGUGCUUGAGCUUACAUAUAUGUUAUUCCAAUUUGGUGAGUUGAGGCCUAACGCUCUCCAUGAUAGAGGGCCUUUGAGCUCUUUAGCGUACAGAAUGGUCCAUGAUAUUCUAAACGGCAAACAUACAUUGCAUGAGUUCGAGGUUCUGUUUACUCAACUCCCUCCCGAGAUCUGGAGUGUACUUGGCCAGGUUAAGACGUUAAUAGUGAUUGAACAAGACCCGACUGGAGCAUUAGAAAGAAUGAUCUUGCGAAAUAAUGGUAUUGACAUUAUGACUGAGGCGUACGUUGAGAUUCAGAAUGCAGUUUUCAGAUUAUUGGCGAGAUACACUAAUGCUGAAGUUAUUACGCACGAAAAGGAUCAGCCGAUGGAUGAAUGGAUUCAAAUGCUGCAAGAGAGAGUUAAAUUCCAUCUUACGCAAUGA